AAUUCAGUUCAGAGAGGAGAGGGAGAAGGAGAGAGGGGCAGAGGAGAAGGGAGAGAGGGAGAGCGUGCAAGACAGGAAGGAGCGCCUUAGAGUCUCUGAAGCACGAAAGAGAUAACCGAUUAGGAAUUUUUCAGGCAGCUGUCAUCCCGGAGAGCAGCCAGAGAAUCACCAUCACCCCAACUCUGACGUUUCCUACAAGAAGUUAGAGACUUAAGCAGUAUUGACAUCGGAGGGAAAUGGUAUGCUUGAUGCUGUGGAAAAUACCCCAGAGCUGAAGAAGUGCAACUGGAUGUUGUGUGUGUGUUAAAUACCAGAAGAGCCCAGACCCCGUGGGUAAUAGAGACGAAAUGUGGAGAGAAUGACUAACGACAAAUCUGUGAAUUUGUUCUCUGGAGUUGCUAAUUUGCCAGCCCGAAGCAACACAUUUUACAAGGAGGAAACGUUUUGCUGCUUCUGAUUUCUCCCCAAACUGGUGCUACCAGAUGCAUGGCUUUCUAUGUGUCGGAACAAAUCAUUCCUAACUGCAGCAUACCGGGAAAGGGGAAAGGUUGAGGCAACUAACUGGCUGUCUCCAAAUAAGCGAUGAGAUGUAAUGCAUCCUCCAGUCCAUGCACGCUUCCUCUUGCAAUUCGUGCAUCAUUCCUCAGUGGAAACCUUUAAACCCUAAAAUCCGGGAAAAGAAAAUAAGUACAUUAUCAUGGACCUGAGGGAUUUUUACCUGUUGGCUGCUCUGAUUGCCUGUUUAAGGCUGGAUUCCGCAAUAGCUCAAGAACUUAUUUACACUAUUAGAGAGGAAUUGCCUGAAAAUGUGCCCAUAGGAAACAUACCAAAGGAUCUGAACAUUUCUCACAUCAAUGCUGCCACGGGGACCAGUGCCAGCCUCGUCUACAGACUGGUUUCUAAAGCUGGGGAUGCCCCUUUGGUGAAAGUAUCCAGUAGCACUGGGGAAAUUUUCACAACCUCCAAUAGAAUAGACAGAGAAAAACUCUGUGCUGGAGCCUCUUAUGCUGAGGAGAAUGAGUGUUUCUUUGAACUUGAAGUAGUGAUCCUCCCCAAUGAUUUUUUCAGGCUGAUCAAAAUAAAAAUAAUUGUCAAGGAUACCAAUGAUAAUGCCCCCAUGUUUCCAUCUCCUGUCAUCAAUAUUUCCAUUCCAGAAAACACUUUGAUCAACAGCCGCUUUCCAAUUCCAUCGGCAACAGAUCCUGACACGGGCUUCAAUGGUGUACAGCACUAUGAAUUGCUAAAUGGGCAGAGUGUUUUUGGACUGGAUAUCGUGGAAACUCCGGAGGGAGAGAAGUGGCCACAAUUGAUUGUUCAGCAAAACUUGGACAGAGAACAGAAAGAUACCUAUGUGAUGAAAAUCAAAGUAGAGGAUGGAGGCACUCCACAGAAAUCCAGCACGGCCAUACUGCAGGUCACAGUAAGUGAUGUAAAUGACAACAGGCCAGUGUUUAAAGAGGGUCAAGUGGAGGUGCACAUUCCAGAGAAUGCUCCUGUAGGCACCUCUGUAAUUCAGCUCCAUGCCACUGAUGCAGAUAUAGGCAGUAAUGCUGAAAUCCGGUACAUUUUUGGUGCCCAGGUCGCCCCUGCAACCAAAAGACUCUUUGCUUUAAAUAAUACUACUGGGCUGAUUACAGUUCAGAGGUCCUUAGAUCGAGAGGAGACAGCCAUUCACAAAGUGACAGUGCUGGCUAGUGAUGGCAGCUCCACCCCCGCUCGAGCAAUGGUUACCAUCAAUGUCACUGAUGUCAAUGAUAACCCUCCUAACAUAGACCUCAGGUACAUCAUAAGUCCCAUCAAUGGCACAGUGUAUUUAUCUGAGAAAGACCCUGUCAAUACAAAGAUUGCCCUAAUUACAGUUUCAGAUAAGGACACAGAUGUGAAUGGCAAAGUGAUCUGUUUUAUUGAAAGAGAGGUCCCGUUUCAUUUGAAGGCAGUGUACGACAACCAAUAUUUGUUAGAGACCUCCUCUUUGUUGGACUAUGAGGGCACCAAAGAAUUCAGCUUUAAAAUUGUUGCCUCCGAUUCCGGGAAGCCCAGUUUAAAUCAGACUGCCCUGGUAAGGGUUAAGCUUGAGGACGAAAAUGACAACCCACCAAUUUUCAACCAGCCUGUAAUUGAGCUGUCAGUUUCUGAAAACAACCGACGUGGGUUAUACUUAACAACUAUUAGUGCUACAGAUGAAGACAGUGGGAAAAAUGCGGACAUUGUUUAUCAGCUUGGGCCGAAUGCCUCCUUCUUUGAUCUGGACCGAAAGACAGGAGUUUUGACAGCCUCCAGAGUCUUUGACAGGGAAGAACAAGAACGAUUCAUUUUUACAGUAACUGCCAGGGACAAUGGGACCCCUCCCCUCCAAAGCCAAGCGGCUGUGAUAGUUACUGUUCUGGAUGAGAAUGACAAUAGCCCCAAGUUUACUCAUAAUCAUUUUCAAUUUUUUGUGUCUGAGAAUCUGCCAAAGUAUAGUACGGUGGGGGUAAUCACAGUGACAGAUGCAGAUGCUGGAGAGAAUAAAGCUGUGACUCUUUCCAUUCUAAAUGACAGUGAUAAUUUUGUGUUGGAUCCCUAUUCUGGAGUCAUAAAGUCAAAUGUCUCAUUUGAUAGAGAGCAGCAGAGUUCCUACACUUUUGAUGUCAAAGCCACUGACGGAGGACAACCACCCCGCUCCUCUACUGCAAAAGUCACCAUCAAUGUCAUGGAUGUCAACGACAAUAGCCCAGUUGUCAUUUCUCCACCUUCCAACACUUCUUUUAAGUUGGUGCCCCUCUCGGCCAUUCCUGGCUCUGUGGUAGCGGAAGUUUUUGCGGUGGACAUUGACACUGGGAUGAACGCCGAACUGAAGUAUACAAUUGUGAGUGGGAACAACAAAGGCUUGUUUCGGAUUGAUCCAGUAACAGGUAACAUCACUCUGGAAGAAAAGCCGGCACCCACUGAUGUGGGCUUGCACCGUCUGGUGGUCAACAUAAGUGACCUGGGGUACCCGAAGUCUCUGCACACGCUUGUGCUUGUUUUUCUCUAUGUUAACGACACUGCUGGGAAUGCCUCCUAUAUCUACGACUUGAUUCGCAGGACUAUGGAGACCCCACUGGACAGGAACAUAGGGGACAGUAGCCAACCCUAUCAAAACGAAGACUAUCUCACCAUCAUGAUUGCCAUCGUUGCAGGUGCCAUGGUGGUCAUAGUCGUGAUCUUCGUGACCGUCCUGGUGCGCUGUCGCCAUGCAUCCAGGUUCAAAGCAGCUCAGAGGAGCAAGCAAGGUGCUGAAUGGAUGUCCCCGAACCAGGAGAACAAACAAAACAAAAAAAAGAAAAGGAAGAAAAGAAAGUCUCCCAAGAGCUCUCUUUUGAACUUUGUUACAAUCGAAGAGUCCAAACCCGAUGAUGCAGUUCACGAACCUAUCAAUGGGACCAUAAGCCUGCCGGCUGAGCUGGAGGAGCAAAGUAUAGGAAGAUUUGACUGGGGCCCGGCCCCUCCAACAACCUUCAAGCCUAACAGCCCUGACUUGGCCAAGCACUACAAAUCGGCUUCUCCACAGCCUGCUUUUCAUCUUAAACCAGACACUCCAGUUUCCGUGAAAAAGCAUCAUGUGAUUCAGGAACUCCCUUUGGACAACACCUUUGUCGGGGGUUGUGAUACCCUUUCCAAACGCUCUUCCACUAGUUCAGAUCACUUCAGUGCCUCAGAGUGCAGCUCCCAAGGAGGUUUCAAGACAAAGGGCCCCUUACACACCAGACAGAGAGAGACACAGCGAGAGAGGGAACACAAGCAGGGGGAGUGGGAGAGGGAGAGGCAGGCUUCCCGCCGAGCAGGGAGCCCGAUGCGGGGCUCGAUCCCAGGACCCUGGGAUCAUGACCUGAGCCGAAGGCAGCUGCUUAACGACUGAGCCACCCAGGCGCCCCAAGAUGAUUGUUUGUAAACUUUCAAUAAAUCUGUUACCUAAUUUACGGAUAUCCGUAGCUUAUGAACCCUUAUUUGUGUUUAUUUAACUUAGAAAAUUAAGAAAGAAUUAAAGAAUACUUGAAGUUAUUAUUUAGUUUCUAGCAUUCUGAGAGGGCCAAGAGACUGGAAAUGUCUUAACUUAGCAUGAAUGUAGUUAAACGAAUCAUUGCUACGCUGCUGUCCAGGUCUUAAAGUGCAAAGUAUUGAGAAGACGUAGCAAUUUGCAUAAUUAACCCCUAUUCAUUUUAAAGGGCAAGAAAUAAGAUUACUCUUUGGCAAUCACAUGUUACUUGAAUUGUAUUUUAUUUUUAUUAACCUGAAAACAUACCAGCACACUCACACACACAAGCCCUAAUGCAAAUAUGGACAGAAGGAAUCCCCCCCACACUCAUAAAUCAGUAUUUUUCUUUCUAACAUGCAACAGAUGUUAAUAGCUCUGACGAAAAAAUACGGUGCCAUAGUUAGUAAGGCGGAGCUCAUGCUUUACGGUUUAUGGCCUGACUAAAAGUAGAUAAAGUCUGCAUUUGUGUGUUUACUCUAGACAGCCUCCCAAAUAACAUCAACGGACUUCUUGCAGAAACUGUAAAUGCUUUUCAUUCUGACCAAUAAAAGGCAACUUGGUGAGUUAUAGAGAUUGACUGGGUGCUUGACAUGCGGUGCUGCUCCAUUUAAACAGUGGCAAUUGGUACUGGGCAGGUUUAGGAGAAUUUAACUUGCUUGCUUGCUUUUGGAUAUGUUGAUAUCCUAAUAUUCUAAAAAUCUAAAAAUGCAAGUUUAGUUCACAUAUAACAGGUUUCCUUAUAUUGCUUUUGUAGUUCAUAUGUAAAAAAAGAAAAUAAUGUGCUCCUAGUCAUUCUAUAAUUGUGUUCUGAUAUUACCAGGCAGUUUUUGUAGACAUAGUCAGAUAAGCACAUUGUUCAUUAUUUAAAUGCAUAAUGCAUCUUUUCGAUCAUUAUUGCCUAAGUAAUUUUCAGAGAAUGAUCAUUGAGUGGUCUCUCUCCCCACUUCACCACUUUAAGAUAGGUGGAUGUGUUUGAUUCCUUUUCCAUUCUUUUAUUAUUUUAAAAACCCUAGGGAAAAUAAAACAUUUGUUUUCAAUUAAAAAAAAAAAAACACCCUGAUAAUUAUAUUGUUUUACUUCUGCAAAAUAGCCACGUUUUUACAUACUCCAAAUAAAUUGUCACGCGUAACGAUAGGCUGAAAACAAUGAAAUGUGGCUGAAAAUAAUUUCCCUUGUUGUACUACAAUGUAUGAAUAAUUAUAGAUGUAAACACUUAACGUCACAUUUCCCUGUAAUACCAUUAUUCUACAGGUACCAUUCACAACACAGUAUAUUCUAUUGCUACUUUGUGAAAUGAGUUCUUGAGAUUCAUAGUAAGGCACUACGCAAAGCAUUAUUAUUAAAGGAUUAGAGGGAAAAUUUUCCCAAUUGAAAACUGAUAACUGAAGGUAUUAUUUAAAAUAAAUAAACUGCAGAGUAGGUAAGUUCAAUGUAGCAAUAUCUUUCUAUUUUGGUUUCAGAUUAAGUUUUUAUAUACACAAAAACAAUUUGCCUCAAGAAUUAGGUGAUAUAUUUUAGAAGGUUUAAAAUAACCAAAAUAAUGUUGCAGUGUGUUACAUUAGUAAUUUAUCAAUAAAAAUUAUUACUGUUAAUAAUUGGUAGAAUUUUUUUCCUCCCUGUGCUAGUGAUUUAAGUUGAUGGGGGUUUAGUAACGUGUAUAGGGAUGCAUCUUAAUAUCUAUAUUUGCUGAACAGUGUUAAAAACACAAAACCGUCCUCAUUAAAAUGGACUUUUGUACACUAUAAUUUGAAUUAAGUAAUGAAUAUAUAAAGUAUUUAAAAAAGUUGUAUAUCGAAUGUAUAACAUUCCAUUUUUGGCUAUAUUUUGUAAAACAUUUUUGGUGUAAUCAGUACGACUCUCACGUAUGUCAAAUCAAGUAUUUUACUAUUUAUUUAAACAGAUAUAUACCUAAUGUAUUUGGAAGCUUAUUGCACUCAUAUAAUUGUAUAUAUUGUGACUUCAAAGGUCUGUACUUACCCUUGCUUUAAAAAAGUAGUAUGUGCAUUUCUUUCUAAUUUAUUUUAAUUAAUUAUAUUAAGGAAAGCAUCCUUUACUAAAUGUAUCUUAAAAUUCACAAUAAAGUU